CUGGCUCCGCUUAUGCCUGUACAGAUAGGCUGUGGAAGGGGGGGGACACUUGGAAUAAGUCAGGGCUCUAGAAAGAUGGCUGUUUUUAGCACCCAUCACGGUAGGACACGAAGUGGGCCUGGGUAGGUGGGACCCAGGACAGCCGCGGGGUUAAUUUCGACCCCUGCAAGAUCCCCUGUGUGUGGCAGUGCUUUCGGCUGCGUUUCCCCUUCCUCUCCUAGAGGCUGCAAGCAGCACGACUGAGAAUUACCUGGACAUCAAGGGGACUUGCCACGCUCACCCCAGAUUAGUGGGGCCGGACACUUCUCGGAAGCAGCCCUCUCCUCCUGCAGACGGACCCAGCAGCCGCCUGUACUGAGGCAGCUCUCGGGGCAUCCGAAACGCUCCGUCUUUGGGGCUUGAGUGCGCGGCUGCAGCCCUGCAGGGAACGGCAGCGGCAGCGGCAGCGGCAUAUGGAUCCCAGAAGCUCGAUUUUGAUGUGGUUAAGGCACAAGCCACAGCGCUCCCGUUCAAACGGGGAGAUAAUCUGGUGGCCAGCAGCUGCCAAGCCACGUGAAGGGGAUACCCGCAGUGGGGUGACUCCAAGGAGCCCCGAUCCUGCGCCUGGAGGGUUGGAAAAGAUUGGCUCAGUCCCAGGGAGGAUGUGAAAGAUGACUGACCAUCCUCAGAUGCCUUCAGAUCCUUCUACAGCAAAUAUUUCUUGCCCUCCCUGGGAAGAAAUAUGCCAUCCUCCCCAAAGGUUAAGCCAUUGCUCAGCUGCUGAGUCUGGAAAGGAUAUCGUGUGGGAAGAUACAUAUGGAAAUGAGCUGAUCUUUGCCUUAGAUGAUGAGGAAGCUCCAGCUCCAAACUCAGCCAACAGUUUUUUCUUUCAGGAAGAUGAUUGCCAAGAGCCUACCUUCUGUGGAUCAUCCUCUCCUCUGUUUCCUCUUGAAUCAGAUUUCUCACCUGCACUCCCUAUUUCUCACUCCCUGUCUCCAACUCACUCAGCAUCUCAGAGAUCAACUGGCUUGGAAAACUCACACAACCCCAAACCCUUAAUCAACUUGGUGAAAUCCCUGUCAACUGAAAUUGAGCCUCGGGAAAGCCCAUCUCUCAAACCCCAGCCUUUGUUGAGCUUGGUCAAAUCCAUUUCCACUGAAAUUUCUCGCUUGGAGCCCGAGGUGACGCUGUCCAAAUCAGACUCUAAACUCAACGUUCAUCUCUGGCGACAAAUCACCCAGCCCAGGAACAAAAAUGGCGAUUCCAGGACUGCUCCAUCAUCUCCCAACCAUUCUCCUUCAGAGAACAAGGGCAGCUUCUUCAAGGCUCAGGAAGCCAAGUUUGAAGACACCAGAAGGAGGUUUUCAGAAGCCAUGCAGGAGCCACUCAGCAGGCUCAGCAAAAUCAUUGGGGAUGAAAAUAAUGUGUCCCCCAAGCUUCGAUUACCCCUCUCCGGGCACCAGCAAGGUGCUGAUUUCCUUUCUCAUCAUUUCAAGGGCUCUCCCAUCUUGGAGAGCAAUUUGGAACCUCCCCUCCAUGAGACAGAUUGGACUGAGACCAUUUCAUUGGGGAGAGGGGAAAUGGAAGAGCGGAAGUGGGGCUCCUCUCCACAUUGCCAGCAUGAAGUGGGCCCCUAUGGGGAUGUCUUCCAGGAGGCUGACACAACUGAGAAAAAAAGCAAGGCCACAGGCGAAAUGCAGACUCUCUUGCCUCUUGGGGCAGUCCAGCCCCCCAAGUGCUGCAGCCCAGUGCCAUGUAAAGUUCUCACCUGGAUUGCCAUCUUGGCCUACAAUUACCUGGUCCUCCCAUUGCCUCCUUAUAUCUCCGGCCUCUGCCUUGGCUUAGCCUGCGGGUUCCUUCUUGGUCUCCUGGUUAUUUUAUUGCUGGUGCCGAAGCGUGCCCUGUCCCCACAGAAAAGACCCCCUCCUCAGGGCAUGCUGCCCUUGCAAGUGAUCCCUCAACAGCCAUGGGACCUCCAUGUGCUCAAGGGUUGGAUGAAUGAAAUGCAUUUUUAUGAUCCUGAGAUUUAUCAUCCUUCUCUGACCCAUUCCGUAUUUGUGACCUUAGAAAACUCCAACCUGACAUUAUCUUAUCCCCAAAGCAGCAUCCCUCGGCGAGCCACCUUUGGUGAAGAGAACUUUGAGGUGGCUUUUGUGACCCACCGACUUUAUGAUAUGAGUGGAGCCAAGGUCUUCCUCUUCCCAUCUGGGCUGGCUCGCAAAAGGAUGUGGAACAAAAAAUAUCCCAUAUGCAUUCUUUUCCCAGAAGUGGAUCUGAAGAUCAAAGCACUAGCAACAAAAGACCAAGAUGUGGACUCUCCAGGAGAGGAGAACCCAAAGAAGAAAGAAGUAUCAGGGCAAUGCCAAGAUGAGGCCCAAGAAAGGACACUUUAUCUCUUUGGCAGAACGGGUAGGGAUAAGGAAGAGUGGUAUCAAUAUCUUGCAAGGGCCUGCCAAGCUGAACACCGUGAGCUACACCACACCAGCCAAGGUGAACUCCUCUCAGGUAUAAUCCAGCCCAUUCCUGCAGGAAAGGAGAUCCACAAUCACAGCAGCGGCAGCACGGAAGACCUGUUCCCUGCCACUAAGCCCAAGGAGCUGAGCAUCAGUAGCCGAGAAAAACUCUUAUUGGAUUACAAUGUGUACAUGUCCCAAAUCAUUCCAGUAGUUACUGACUCCGACCCAAAGUCCUGCUCCAAUACAGCAGACAGCCCUGGUUCCAAAAAGUUCCCUGGAGAUGAAAAUCUGACCCCCAACCCCCCUACAAUUUGGGUCAAUGCAAUGCUUGGCCGAAUGUUUUGGGACUUCCUAAGGGAAAAAUAUUGGGCAGAUCAAGUUUCAGAUAAAAUUCAGAAGAAACUGGGCAGAAUCAAGUUGCCAUAUUUCAUGAAUGAGCUCACCCUAACUGAUCUGGAGAUGGGGACCUCCAUCCCACACAUACUUGGCACUUCUAGCCCCACUGUGGAUAACCGAGGCCUUUGGGUGGAUAUGGAAGUGACCUAUCAAGGAACUCUGAAGAUGACCCUGGAGACCAAGAUGAACUUGUAUAAAUUAGGCAAAGAAGACCUGGAGGAGGAAAACGGGAAAGCAGAUAAGGACAGAAAAGGCAUAAAACCCCGUGUAGACCUGUUGGCUGAGAGUGAUGUGGAGUCGUCCAGUGCCGGUUCUUCUGAGGAGGAAGACAUGCCUGUUGUGGAGCUCUCGGGGAUCCCCGGAGAAAGGAAAAUCCCUCCUGGCGUUGAAGGCUACAUCAGUGGUGGUAGCACCAGUCGGAAGAUUUUGCGUUUUGUGGACAAGAUUGCUAAGUCCAAAUAUUUCCAGAAGGCCACUGAAAAUGAAUUCAUUAAGAAGAAGAUGGAAGAGGUCUCCAACACUCCCCUGCUUUUGACUGUGGAGGUCCAAGAUUUGACAGGCACAUUGGCUGUGAACAUCCCUCCACCUCCAACAGAUCGAAUCUGGUACAGCUUCCGGAUCCCUCCGCAGUUGGAUAUGAAGGUUCGGCCACAGCUAGGAGAACGGGAAGUCACCUUCCCCCAUGUUACUGAGUGGAUUGAGAAGAAGCUCCAGCAUGAAUUCCAGAAAAUUUUAGUGAUGCCAAAUAUGGAUGAUAUCAUCUUACCUCUGAUGCAUUCUGGUUUGGAAUCCCAGCCUCUUACAGAAGGACCACAGGAAGAACUUCUAGCUGAGGAUGUCAGAAACAUGUGAGGUGCUGUCCUCUGGUGGUUGACCUGCUCAAUCUCUUGAGGGAGCUAACCAGAUACCUGGUCAUAGGGAAACCUGUGCUUGAGAAUAAAGGUUCUCCUCCAAGUCUCCCCGCUGGCCUCUCUUCUCUCUGGAACUGUUUUCAGAUGAAGGAGAUUUGUCUGGAUAUGGCUUAUUGAAGAAGAAGGUAUUCCAGGUAGGUUACAAGCACCCUGCGUGGUCAAGAAAGAAAAGGCAGCAGAGAUGCCAAGACCCCUGGCUGUUUGGAAUUCUCUCCACGUUGCAUCUCUGCAAGCAACUUUAGUUUUAAGUAUCAGUUAAAUGGCAGAACCAUCAAUAACAUUGAACAGGGUCUUUGUGAAGGAGGAAAUAAGAGUGAAAGACCCCUUCAGCUAGUGCAAAAGGGAUAACGGGGGUGGGGGAGAUAGAAGCCAAUUAGAGUUGGGGACUCCAAGACUCAAAACUGCUCAGCAAUUUCCAUUUGAGCCUUGAAGAAGGAAAGAUGCUUGACUGACAGUUUUUGAAAAAAAGGAGUGAGUGAACAAUCUGGGCUAUUUACAGCCUCUCCCUGUUUCUUGGCUAUUGGCAGUCUGAAAGCUGGGUACUGAAGCUUUGAUUCUGAACUCACUCUGACCGCAGUAUAGGCUGAAGACUAAGAAUACAGGGCAAGGGAGCCACCAACACUCCUCUGUCCUGAUCCAAAGGUCUCAAAAGAAACAUGACCUAGUCUGAGUUUUAAAACAUGCUUCAGUUCAGAAACUCCUGGGGCCAGGAAGAAGGUGAACGCUGACAGGGAACCUCUUCUCUGAGCAUUAAGUCAAAGAACCAACGGCUGCCACCAGGGGACCAGGGUGCUUUUCUACCUGAGUGCAUGGAUUCUUUACCUGUCUUUAUCCCCACCCUCCUGGAUUGUCUUCCUAUCUACACCCACAGCAAACUGCAGGAGACUUGAAGCUGAUAAGGGGAGGCACAGGGCCACAUAGCAGCUCCACCAGGCCUCUUAUCCUCUUCACAAUGCAUCGUUUCAAGAAAGCAAUAGCAAUGCACAAGCUGACAUUAGUGAACUAGACACUUCCCUAAGGGCUUUGCCAACCUGGGAUAAUAUACAUCCGAUGACUGCAAGAACAGGAGGGAAAGUGAAAGAAAAUAAAGGCUCGAAUCGGUCCUUGAAGUGGGUUUUUUUCCUUUCCUGCUGCACUUGUUCCUAACUGCCCAGAAUCAUUGGGAGUUUGGCAGUAUAUACAUUUAAUAAAUUAUUAUUACUCAUAUGACAGAGAAAUUAAACAUUAAAGCAUUCUGGCACCA